GAAUAAUAAGGCAGUAAUUCAAAAUUUUCUUUUCUUAAAUUUGUAAUUUUGUGACAAAUUAACUUUUUUACUGGUUUACUGAAGAAACCGACAAAGCUGGAAAAUCCAUUCAUAAGAUGUGUUCCACCGAAAAAUUCAUGUCUCAACCUUAAAACAAGAAGAACAGGGGACAGACAGCCCCAGCCAGCACAAAAGUUGAGUAAAAAUGGAAGUUCAGUGGCUUGACUUGGCCCUCGUCUUCUUUGUUAUCUUUGUCUCCAGGUUUUUAUUUCAAAAGUAUGUAAAUCCUAAAAACCUCCCACCCGGUCCAGCUGCUCUUCCGUUGAUCGGUCACCUCUACAUGUUUAAGCAACCACUCCAUCGAACUCUUCAUCAACUUUCUGAAAAGUAUGGCCACAUCUUAUUUCUUCAAUUUGGGACUCGUAAAGUCCUGGUAAUAUCCUCACCAUGUGCAGUUGAAGAGUGCUUUACCAAGAACGAUAUCAUCUUUGCAAAUCGACCUCGCACGCUUGCCGGAAAACACCUCAAUUACAACCAUGCCACAAUUGGAUUCGCAUCCUAUGGUGAUCUCUGGCACAAUCUAAGGCGUCUCACAACUUCAGAGCUCUUCUCCACAAGUCGUCUUGCCAUGCUCUCGAGUAUUCGGCUAGAGGAGGUUCAGUUAAUGAUAAAGCAACUAUUUCAAGAUUCCCGUAACAAAGAGGUGAAGGUGGACGUGAGCUCAAAGUUGAUGGAUGUCUCUUUUAAUAUCAUCUUGAGGAUGAUUGCGAGAAAGCGGUACUAUGGGAAGGACAUAAUAGAUGAGGAAGCAACACAGUUUCGGGAAAUCAUGAGGGGAUAUAUCGAGCUUAACGGCAACUCUAAUUUGAUUGAUUAUUUGCCGAUGCUGAAGUGGGUCGAUUUUCAAGGGGUAGAGAAAAGAAUGAUAAGAUUGAUGGAAAAAUUGGACAAGUUCACUCAGAUCCUUGUUGACGAGCAUCGCAGGAAGAAGAGGAAGGAUACAUCUUUGAAUUUGGAGGGGUCUUAUAUAGGUUCAAGCAAGGACGAGAGAAAGCUAACGUUGAUUGAUGUUAUGCUACGUCUUCAAGAGAAAGAACCAGAACUGUAUACCGAUGUGAAUAUCAAAGCUGUUACACUGGCAAUGUUAAUUGCUGGAACGGAAACUUCAUCAACUACCAUGGAAUGGGCAAUGUCACUUCUCAUAAAAAAUCCAGAAGCAAUGCGAAAAGCUGUCUCCGAGAUAGACGCUAAAGUCGGAUUUGGCCAUCUACUGAAUGAACAAGACCUACCAAAGCUAGAAUACCUGCAAAAUGUGAUUGAUGAGACACUUCGGUUAUACCCACCGGCUCCAUUUCUAUUGCCGCACGAAUCAACCCAUGACUGCAGGGUUUGUGGUUAUGAUAUUCCGAAAGAGACAAUGUUACUUGUCAAUUUAUGGACGAUGCAGAGGGACCCCAAGCUAUGGGUGGAUGCAGAAAAGUUUAUCCCAGAGAGAUUUGAAGGUGGGGAGAAUCAAGGCUACAAGCUGAUUCCGUUUGGGGCAGGAAGGAGGGCUUGUCCUGGUACUGUUUUAGGGAGGAGAGUGAUUGGGCUGACACUAGGUACAUUACUUCAGUCGUUUGAGUGGAACAAGGCUGGUACAGAAGAUAUAAACAUGGCGGAGGGCACAGGGCUCACAAUGCCCAGAGCUCAUCCCCUGGAGGCCUUGUGCAAACCUCGCCAAAGCUUUAUCCACCUCUUAUCGACACUGUAAAAAUUGUAAAGGAUGAUUGUGUUUGGGCUAGGAGGAAGAUCCUGCCCUGGGGACUUGACAGAAGGAACUGGUCCUACAAUCCCUAAAGUCAAGCCAUUAGAGGCCACGUGCAAAUCUGGAGAGCGCAUGUUAAAUGUCCUUUCAAAGUUAUGAUUAUUGCUUUGGGUUGCUUUUGUAUGUUGUUAGAUAUUUGUGGUUGAUUUUCUAAUGUUGCAGCCUUGCGUUUCGUUUAGUGGAACUUUAUGGGCUAUAAUGACAUUUUGGAAAGUUUUCCCUUUCUUACUGUACCAUCGUGAUAAAUGUAUAAUAUUAUUAUAGGGAUAAGGUAAAAUAAGAAUAUAUUAAUUGUUGUUGUAA